CCCCUCCUCGAGCGCACCCGCACCCAGGGGCUGUCCGGUCCCGUCCCGUCCCUCCCAGCGCUGUCUCGGAGCAGCCCGGAGCCGGCGCUGCCGGGAGGAGGUGGCGGAGCCCUGUCCCGGCCUCUCCCUGUGGGGCCGGUGAAAUCAUUGUCAUUACGGCUUCGGCCCGGACCCGUUAAAUGGGGUCUCAGGUGCCAUUGGAACCCCGGGGCCGCGACUCAGGCCCCGUGUUCAGUGGAGUUGCUCCUGAAAUUAUCGAGGACACACUGAUCCACUUGGCCACGGAGAAUGAGCAGUACCUGAGCGAGCUGCCGGGGCAGGCUGGGUGCUUCAAAGAGACACGGAUCGUAGAGUUUAUAUUCCUUUUGUCUGAAAAAUGGCACUUGAACCACUCAACACGGUACCAGGCAGUGGAGUUACUUGAAAGCAGACAGAACCAUUCUCUGAGCAGUUACGGGUUUUGUAGGUUUAUGAUCAAGCAAGUAGAACAGAUGUGUGAUGACAGAGGGAACGCUAAAGGCCAUGGCCAAGGCCAGAAGAGCAGCUGGAGCUCUGUGAGGGAUCAGAUAGUCAACACCUUUGUCCUGCGACUCGUGUCGUGUGUUCAGCUCGCCAGCAAACUCUCUCUGCACUACAGUAGAGUGACCAGUGACACAGCUUUAAAAUUUCUGCAAUCCUUAAAAUACUCCUACACUAAACAGGAAUUGCUGGAGUCGGAGCUUGCUGUUUUAAACACUCUGCACUACCAGAUCAAUGUGUCAACUCCGUUGGCCUACGUGGAAUUGCUUCUGGAGGUUCUAGGAUACAAUGGCUGCUUGCUUCCUGCCAAACCCUUACACCAGCUGUGUGUGCAGCUGCUGGACUUCUGCUACCUGACCAGAGAGACCAUCUAUGACACUCUGCUGAAGAUUGCCAUCGACAACUCCACACCAAGCGAGCUGCAGAUAGCCAAGUUUUUAACAGUGAAGGAAGAUUUCAUGCUCUUGGCUGUUGGAGUCAUCAGCACAGGUGUGUUCAUCCUGAGCCUCAGGCACUGGGAUCAGGUUGUGGAGCAUUUAAACUGCAUCACUGGUAUUACUUCACAAAGUAUCCUGGAGUUCUCCUAUGCCGUGGUGAAGCGCAUAGUGGGCAGCACCACACCUGAGCAGCACCGUGGGAACUGUGGAACCAAAUCUCCUGAGGACAGAAUUCUGCCUCAGACGCAGAACCACCCUGUCCAUCCAGUCAGUGGCCCAGAGCAGGAACUGUCACACUGCUGACAAAAGUGCCUGUGACACUGCCCAGGCACCCAGCACGGCUCAGGGUUACCUGAAUUCUGGAACAGCCCGUCAGUCACGUGUUAAUUCGCAAGGCUCGUCCUGCUAGGCAUCAUACUCAUGCUCUGAAGAGAGACCCAACACCACCACAGGGUUCAGAAAUGUCCUAAAAGCUUUACUGUAAGAGCUGCAUCUUUUGAGUCCAAAUUUCCUUUGACCAAAGAGACCCCUCAGAGUAGUUGUGUUUGAGAAGUGCUGCCAUGCCUGGUUCUCAGCUGGGACAGGGAUUGCUGGGACCAGCUCUCACACCUGUGUUACAAACGGGGCUGCGCUGUCUCCUCCUGCUGCUUUUAUAAAACCGCUGUCUCAGCUGCCUGAUUGUCCCCUCUGUGCCAGCACCUGGAGCCUGUGUGCUCCUGCCCUUCCACAGCCAGCAGUGACCAGCGCUGUGAUGAGGACACUGUGCUGUGCCUGUCACCACAGCAGUGCCCAGCCUGUGUGUCCUGAGUGCCAGAGCUUUGUGCUGUGGGAGGCACUGCUGGCUGGAAACACCUGGAGUGUGGAAUAUUUCAUUGUUCUCUCACUGCAGCCCUGUGCAGGAACAGGCUGCAGGAGGGAUUACAGUGUUGUAAUGUUGUUAUACACUUCUCAAAUUCAGUAACAAAAAGAAGUGAUAAUAUGACUUAGAAAAAACUUUAUUUCAAACUGUAGUGCUCUUUAAUGACCAGGCAGAGCUCUGGCAGUUUUCCCACAUCAUUCCCCAUGUUUGUAACAUUCUGCUUUUCCAACCUUCCAUGAGCUGUAACACAGAGCAGCAUCAAACUGAUGGGUGUUCUGAAUUUGACAAUGAUUUACGUGCAUGGCCACAAACCCCAAAAAUAAAGAGUGUAGAACACAUUUAAUAGCUGGGUUUUAUUCUGUUCAGCUCGAUGAUACAACUUUGCAUAUUGCUUUUCUAUAAACUACAUGUAAUAACGGUA